AUGGCAAUAACGAAUCUUUUAGAUGAGGCAGAUAGACAUUCAGAAGCCAGCAUACAUGCCACAUCUAGGACAAAAAUCAUUUUCGUUGUUGGCUUGUUUAUACUUUCAUUGACUGCCUUUGUAUGUCAAACCGAGUUCACAUCACAAGCAUACAAACUAAAGUUUAGUGAACCGGUAUUGCUAUUGGCGGUUACGCAUGGAUCAUGGUGGCUCUUGUGGCCACUUCAGGUAUUGUUUAUCUCAGUAUGGAGGACGAUUGGCAAAAUGGGAAAUCGUGACAAAUUAGUCAAGGUGAAUACAGCAAUGGGCAAUAUACAAUAUCAAAGAUUAAACUCCACCUCAGGGCUCCUUGAAGAUCAAGAACACCCACAACAAGAAGUUCCAGUACAGCAAGUAAACUAUUGGAAGUACUUUAGAAAAGCAAUUGUUAAACAAUUCCACAAUGUCUAUCACACAUCAGUGCUUAUAUAUGAAGCCAAUGUCAAUGAUAAUAGAUCAACAAAACACCUUAACGAUAUCAUCGAAAGUAAUGUCCAUAUUUCAGGCUCUAGCUCAAUCACGGAUUGUAUUCGCACAUUUUUCCAAGCUCCAUCAAUCAAAUACAUCCUAUUCAAAACGCUUAUUGUGACAACGGUACUCACCUUGGCUGGAUUCACCUGGUAUGGAUCAAUGUCAAUGACCUAUGCUGCUGAUGUGACUGCAAUUUAUAAUUGUUCCGCUUUUACAGCGUAUGCAUUUGCAAUUCCAUUACUAAACGAAAAAUUUUCAUGGUUGAAGGUCAAUUCAGUCAUUAUAGCUUUAUUUGGAGUUUUUGUUGUUUCGUACUCAUCCAGCAGUGACAUUGGUAAUGACAAUGGUGAAGAAAAUCCGUACCCAUAUAGAUUUUGGGGUAAUUUACUCAUAUUUAUUGGUGCUAUAUUAUAUGGAUACUAUGAAGUAUUGUACAAAAAGUAUCUUUGUAUACCAGCCCACUUGUCCAAGAUCAUCACACCAAGAAGACAACUGACGUUUGCAAACUUCAUCAUGGGAAUAAUGGGAGCUUACACGUUGACAUUUUUAGCUCUCGUAAUUGCAAUUUUACAUUUCACACACAUUCACAGAGUCAAUUUUUUUGAUUAUGGUGACAAUACUAAAACUAUAUGGCUCUACAUUUCGGGAUCAAUUGUGAGUAAUCUUCUAUUUAGUGCCGCCUUUUUAUCGCUCAUGGCAUUAACAAGUCCUGUGUUGUCUUCUGUGAGUUCCUUGACAACCAUUUUUCUCAUUGGUGUGGUUGAAUGGGUUGUAUUUGGCAAUGCAUUGGAUUUGCAGCAAUUAAUUGGGGAUUCGUUUGUCAUUGUUGGGUUUGUGAUGUUGACGGUUGCAUCGUGGAAGGAAAUUAGUGAGGGUAACGAGGAUGACGACGUUGAAGCUGUAAGUACAUACUCAUUUGCAAUGAGUACUGAUGGUACGCGUUAA